UAGUUUAAAAUCGAUUCGUUUUGAACGUAUGUAUAAAAGCAUCUAAAUGUGAAAUGUUUGCUUUUAAACACUUAAUCAGUAAAUGACAGAUUUGUUUAAAAGUAAAUAUUGAGCAGAGUAACUUAUCGCAACACCCUUUCACCGCUAUAUCAGUUUCAUGUGUUUGGUAAAGAAAUACUCGUAAUCUUUUCUACUGACCGAGAAAGCAAGCCAAAUAAAUUAUUUACCCACGUACAUUUAGCACUUCGUUGAAAUAAAUCUUUGGAAAGGACUUAUCGUUGCAGCAUUUGUGUUUUCUUUUUUCAACGUCUAGAAACUGAAGAUGAAAGCCAAAAGAUACAUUGUGUCAGUGCUGCUCGUGCUUGGACAUUGUAACGCUUCUACUUUCGACUGUAACAGUAUAGACACUGGGGAAGACUGGACAAUAGAUAUCACAGAAACAGAUCCCGUUGGCACAGUGCUUGGUACGUUCAACAACAGCCUUGGAGACCUGCUCUGGACAGCUUCUGUCAAUGGUUCCAGCAAGAAUUAUCUUUCUUUGUUUUUCGAAUCGUCAACGGUAGAGGGCGCUGAUCAUACGCAUGCGCUAAAACUCGCAAAGAUUCUAGACCUGGAACUUCUGCAGUUGGAGCUUGACUCUUCAGCGCAGCUAUUUGAGGAAUCUCGUGACAACGGUAUAAGCUUAGAUCUGUCAGUAAUGUGUGCUCCGGAAUCAGGGCUUUCAAGUGAAUGGAUUUUCAAGAUAAACGUUCGGUCGGUAAAUGAAUUUUAUCCACAGUUUAUGGGAUCUCCUUUCAAAGCGACAGUAGCAGAGUCGUCCGAAAUUGGCACAGAGAUAUUUAAUAUUGGAGUACGAGCUGCUGACCUGGACGCUGGUCAGACCAAUCUGACGUUUGCGAUUGCUCCUUACAUGAUCACGCAGUUUGACGGUAGCGGGUACGUUGCUCUAGACAAGGAUGGGAAAGGCAAUAUCUUGUUAGCAAGAUCUCUAGAUUUUGAAUCAUUCCUUAGCACAGGAAGAACUUAUAUGUUCGUCAACGUUACUGCAACGGACGACGGAGGAUUUACAUCAGCAACAUCAAUCAACGUCACAGUGACUGACUCUAAUGACCAAGGGGUACAUCUGGUUUACCCUGGGUGUGAAAGACCUUGCCUUCAAGCCGAUUUCACUGCUCUCACAAACGAAACAUUUGUGGGACCGUUAGAUGUCAGACCAGUUGCUGUGCAUGCCGAAGAUUUAGAUACAUUGAAUGAGAGUAUUAUUUAUACCCUUGUCUCUGAUAUUGACAAAGAAUUCUUUGACAUCGAUGAAACAACAGCCAUGCUCUACAAAAUAUCGCCGCUCAUCAAUGACUCGUAUGGAUUCAGUAUUCCAAUCGAAGUGCGCGCGCAAGAAGCAACAGACGAGGGCCAUUUCAUCGACUUCAAUAUCACUGUGUCUAUAUCAGAGAGAUUGCCCAGACCACGUACGUAUAUCUCUGUUAUUGCAUAUUUGUAUGGCGUAUAA